UUGUGUUUUGUGCUAAAUGCUUAAAAACGAUAUGAAUAAGUAUUUGUGUAAAUGUGAUCAUUUACAAAAAUUGGACUUUACACCGUAGCAGUAAUUCCACCAUUGUUCAUUUAAAUUGUGAAAUUACGUCAUUUAAUAUUGACACAAGUAUAUUGGGUCCAUAGAGUACAUUGAUUAUCUGCUGAUUUGCUAUAUUUAUUUUGUUUAGUAGAUAUAACUCAUACGUGCGAAUAAGUGAAAUCAAACAUACCUACUUUUUUUAAAAAUGAUACAACUAAAUUGGCCUGCCCUUGGAUUUACUAUUUUACCAAACAUUGGUGGUAUCGCCGGCGGUUUUAUUACAAAAAGUAGUAUCAAACCAUGGUAUGAGAAUUUAAAAAAACCAAACUGGAGACCUCCAAACUGGGCGUUUGGUCCUGUUUGGACAACCUUGUAUAGUGGAAUGGGAUACGCUUCAUAUUUGGUAUACAGAGAUGGAGGAGGCUUUAAUGGAGCAGCAAAGCUACCACUAAUAGUUUAUGGAACUAAUCUAGCAGCUAAUUGGGCUUGGACACCAAUAUUCUUUGGUAAAAAAGACAUACAACUGGCACUAAUUGAAAUGCAACUUGUGAACGGUACUGCUAUUGGUAUGGCAUAUCUUUUCCAUAAAAUUAACCCAUCUGCUGGUUACUUAAUUGUACCAUAUUGUCUUUGGCUGGGUAUUGCAACAGCUUUGAAUUACUGCAUUUGGAGGGAUAACAAACCAACACCUGAACUGAAAGGAAACUAAGUGUUUAGUAAUUUUUGGUUUUCAUUGUAUUUUUAGACAUCCUUAAUCCAUUUUACUUUAUAUUCAUUAAUAUACAAUUAUUUUAAUAGAAAGUUUAAUAUAUUCUCAGUGACUUUCAGUUUAAA